UGCUCGGAGGCCCCGCCGAGAGCGCCCGCGGGCGCUGGGCGGAGCGGCGGCGCCCUGUACAUCUGGGACCUCGGACCCAGCGCCCCGCACCCUGCCUCCGCACUCGCAGCCGCCGCCGCAAUGUACGAUCCCGAGCGCGGCUGGAGCCUGUCCUUCACGGGCUGCGGCUUCCUGGGCUUCUACCACAUCGGGGCUACCUGCUGCCUGAGCGAGCGCGCCCCACACCUCCUCCGCGACGCGCGCAUGUUCUUCGGUUCCUCGGCCGGGGCCCUGCACUGCGUCACCUUCCUCGCGGGGAUGCCGCCAGACCAGGUGAUACAGGUCGUCGUUGAAGCUGUCCGGAGAGCCAGGAACCGGAACCUUGGUGUCUUCCACCCGUCCUUCAACCUGAGCAAGCACAUCCGAGACGGUCUCCAGAAAUACCUGCCGGCCAACGUUCACCAGCUCAUCUCUGGCAAAGUGUCCAUCUCGCUCACCAGAGUGUCUGACUUGGAAAAUGUCCUCGUGUCGGAUUUUGAGUCGAAAGAUGAAGUCGUGGACGCCUUGGUGUGUACUUCCUUCAUCCCUGUCUUCUGUGGCUUAAUUCCUCCUUCCUUCAGAGGUGUGCGAUACAUCGAUGGAGGGGUGACUAACAGUUUGCCCAUCUCUGAUACCAAGACGACCAUCACUGUGUCCCCCUUCCAUGGGGAGUCUGACAUCUGCCCUAAGGUCAAGUCCACGAACUUUUUUCACGUGGAUUUCACCCAGCUCAACCUACGCCUCUGCUCAGAAAACGUCUACCUGCUAAGCCACGUAUUGUUCCCUCCGGACAUCAAGGUGCUUGCAGAGCUGUGCUUUCAAGGGUACAGAGACGCGGUCAGGUUCUUGGAAGAAAAUGGCAUCUGUAACAGGCUCCAUCCGUGCCUGAAUUUAUCGCUACCACAGCAGGACGUCCUUGCGCCCCACUGUGAGACCACGAGCCUGGAGGCUUCCCUGGGGGUGGCCGCCUGGCCCACAAAGCCUCCAGAAAACAAGCUGCUGAACCAUCUCAGCAUCCUGCCCUGGGACGAGAGCAUCCUGGAGACGCUGUCGCCCCAGCUCACUAUAGCAAUGAGGGAAAUAUUUAAAAUCCAAGGUGGAUACAUGAACAAGAUUUGCAACUCCUUACCGGUUAAGGUGAUGUCCUACAUGAUGCUGCCGUGUACGCUGCCCGUGGAGUCUGUGAUUGCUGUGGUCCAGAGACUGGUGUUGUGGCUUCCAUAUAUCCCUGAUGACAUCCAGUGGUUUCAUUCGGUGACCUCUCAGAUUUGUUCCCGAGUGAUAAAUCAUCUGCUCCCCACUUCCAGAUCCCAAAUGCUGGCAAGUAGCCAGCAGCCCUCCCACACAAACCAGAGCACCACGGGACCUCAGCCCUCCUGCUCCCCAAGGACCUGGACACCGGCCCUGUGGACUCUCCAGCAGGACGCAAAGUGCAGACUGCCUAGUAAUCCAUCCUCCAGUCCGGCCUCAGCUUCCUGGGCAGCAGUCCUGCUGGGGGUGGGAGCAACCCCUCCCUCCCCACUUUCUCAGCGGGGGAGAGUUUGAGGAGGCAAGUCUAGGACGUUCUUUGCGAGCUGCUAGGCCUUUCCCGUCUGUGUGCAACUAUCUCCACUCUGCUGUGGAAUCCCCCAUGUCUGUUACAUAUGGAUCUUGGCCUCUGUGCUGAAUUUACAGUUUAUUAAAACCAAAGGCUAUCAAUUGGUCUUUAUGAUAAAGCUAGGAAGCUGCUUUUGGUAUAUAUGGUGGUCCCGAGGUUAAAGAGAUCUAAUACUGACGCACGGCCGGGUGGGAAACGACCCUCAGUGUGGAGGGUCCAUCACCAUUUCUGUCCUGCAGCCCUCGAGUGUCCCCGAAAAAGCCUUCUAGAAUGGCCGGUGUUUGGACAGGGGGAUCUUGUGGCUGGGGGUUCAGCUGCCCUUUGUGCAGUCUUGGGGGUUGGAGGGAAGACAGAAGGGUGCUCCAUCUCCCCGUACAGGAAGCAGUUGGCAUGGCGGGAGGGCAUGCCAUCUUUCUCCAGGAAGGGCACUUCCCUCAGGGGACAUUAAAAGAUAAUAACUUCCUGACAUUUUACGACACCCUUUCAACCCAGCCUAAAUAUUUGAUAAAGAAUUUUGUCUAAAACAUAGGAGAUCUUAUUAUCUGUUGAAUUAUGUAUUAUGUGAAUCAGUGAGAUGUUACGGGAACAAGUCUUAAAAAAAUAUCCAGAGCACAAGACAGCCCCCAGGCCCCCCAGGCAGGAGCCAGACGGCUUGGCCCCCUUCCGCUGGUACCCUCAACUUGAACUUGACUUAUUUGCCCCAAGCCUCUGGUCUGCUUUUCUUUUUUCUCACCACCCCCCCCCCGCCCCCAUCCUCUGUGCUCCCCCAGCCUCAAUGGAGACAAAUAAGAGACAGGGACCUCCCUUCUCCCAGGUGUGUGAUUUGUGGGCAGUCACAAUGUACUGCAACUCGAGGGGAAAUGUGCGCGUCUGUUUUUCUUACACAUUGGAAUAUAACAAAAAAGAAAAACAGUGAUAAGCUCUGAAUCCUAAAUAUUGGGACAGAAAGCUGCAGCUCUCCCCUGCGUUGUAUGAGUGUCCUGGAGUCAAGUUCAGGCAAAGCGCUGUCUUGCAAAAAUGAACCCUUUAAAAUGGAAUGUGGUUCUCGGGCAAACUCCACCUGAGCCUGAGCUGUUCUGAGCUGUGAACUCCUAGAAGGCAGGGGCCACUUGUGAACCCCCCUGCAGGUCUCCUGGGUGGGUGGGCACCUGACGCUUCUGUUCUGGUAGCACUUGACCACCAAGUGAUGCUUCUGUUCUGGUAGCAUUGGAUCCCCAAGUGAAUGGUGUGUUGCCCGGCUCCCUGGACCCCCAGAACACGGCAUGUCCCUGGCUGAGCUCGCUUGGUGGUGGAGGAGGCCUGCCUGACACCCACCUGGGCUCCUUCUGACCCACCCUGACACCUUCCCCUGACUCUCAAGUUUCCCAAUCAGCUUUUCUGUCAGAACCACAGACAUAACUACAUUUUCACAGUGUUUUACAAUAACCAGUGUAUUCCCAUAGAGACAGAGAGACUGGGGGUGCCAAGAAAAUGUAUACACGUGACUUGUAUUCAUCUUUUGUUAUCUGUAUAUAUUGAGCAUGACAAUUGGAAUACAGUUUUUUCCCCUUUCUUAAAAUGUGUAUACAUUUUUUUUUGGCACCCUCUGUAUAUGCGAGUUUUGUGAUUAUGGCUAAUAAGUUUCUUUGGAACUUUAUAGGUUUUGAAAUAACUCAACUUUCUUACAAUGAGCAUAUGUUUUAUAAAUUUUUAAAAGUGUGCUCUAAGACAAGGAACUAUAAUACUAUUUUAGAAAUGGCCAAGUCUCCCUCCAUUUGUGCCUUAAAUGCCACCCUCCCCACUCCCCCAGGCCCUCACCUCUCCAGGUGUGCUGCGGUUUCUCUCACAUCCCUCCUACCUGAUGAAAUAGAAUCCUUCCUCUGUUGAUGGUGCAUUUGGACUUCAGAGUAUUCCACUGUCAGGAAUAACCCAUGAGUUGUCUAGUUAAUGCCAGGGUACAGCAGUCUCCACCUGGUAAACAGUGAAACCUGGGGCACAGCAUGGCCCCCGUGUUAAAAUACAGUGUGUGGGUGUAGAUACGUAUAUGUGUGUGUCCUAGAAAAAGGACUGAAAGGACAUACCUCGGAAUACCCACAGUGGUUACCAUCAUGCCGUUGUUUGUAAUUAUGUCGUAUUGGUUGUGCUUAUACGUGUUUUCCAAAUUUCUAUGUGACCAUAUAUUACUUUCGUCAGACUAUAACUCAUAAUAAAUGUGAUUUUUAAAAUA